AUGGCGAAAAAUAAAGUGACACGAGACAGGGGCCAAAAGACCGGAGAUAAUUUCUUUCGCAAAACAUCCAAAGUUGGUAUCAAACCCUCAACCUCUGGUGAGGGUUCCGCCAAGAAAAAAGCCUUUAAUAAAAGUAAAUGGCGCGCGGAAAAAUACAGUUUCAAAAAGAAAUUAGAAAAAUGGAACGACAAACGGACGGAAUACAUCAGACACGGUUACUGCAAAGAGCAGAAUCGCGAAAAAAAUCAAUUCGAUGUUAACAAAAUUUACGAAGAGGAGGAGCGAAGAGAAAAAGGGGAAGCGAAUGAAGAAGUAAUUGAGCAAGAAAGUGGGCCUAAACGUCGCAGGAAGAGCUUCAAGGAGCGAAUGCAGGAAGAAAGGGACGAAAAGGAGGCCAAAAGAGCCGAGUUUCUGCGGAAGAAGGCGGAGAAGGAGGAAGCGUUGCGGAAAUACCACAAGGAAAAAUUGGAAAAGUUCAAGAAACUGAACAAGAAGACUAAGAAGGGACAGCCGGUUAUGAAAGGCCGCAUUGAGUAUUUGCUCGAGAAAAUACAAAGAAGUGUGUCAGCGUCAGCCACUUAA